AUGGAUAGUAAAGUGUGUUUGGCAGAUCAAGACGAUGAAAGGAUGGUUGAAGGUUUCAGUUGGGACAAUUUUUGCCCAGACCAAGAAUUCAUGACUAAAGAGAAGUCCAAAGAGAUGUCAAAUGUUAAAGCUUUUAUUGCUAAUGCUUAUGAUGAGUAUUGGGCUGCAAUAUACAGAAAAAUCAGGGAAGCUGAAGAAGAAAAAUGGAGAAAGAUUGAAGAAGAGGAAGAAGAAAGGUUAAAAGCUGAAGCCGAGAAAAAGAAAAGAGCUGAGUUUUUCCAAACAAGAAGAACAGUCAAAGAUGUUCCAAAAUUCGAAAUCAAAGUUGAUGCUGAAGCUAUAAAAGUUCCAAAGAAGUGUAUGAAUUGUGAUUCUUUAAUCAAACAAAACAUUGAGUUGCUACACAACAUAAAGAGAUUGAAAGAAUCGUAUGAUACAAUGAACAGAGAAAUUAACAAGAUUUAUCCGAUUGUGGAGAAAUUGAAGACGUUUGAAAAAGAAAAGACCUUAGAAGAAAAGAAGUCCGUGACAAAAGAUGAGGAUGAAGUGGAUAUUUCUGGAACAAGUGCUGAAAAAGAACAAAAGAGUUCAUUCUGGAAAGAGACAAACAAAGAAUUCCUUGCGAAGAAGCAAGAAGAAAUAAAGAAAAGUUUUGCUCAGAAGAAGACAGAGAUGACAACCUGUUUUCAAUGCAAAACAGUUGGUCAUAUUACUAGAAAUUGUCCAAAGGCAAUACAGACAAAACAGGGAGUCUCUGGCUUUGAAAAUUCAACCUUUGAGACUGGUGAAUGUUUAAAGAAUGUAGUAAAAAGAAAAGAGAAUCUGAAAAAUCAAAAAUGGGUUGUUAAGGGUUCAGGAAACAGUUAUGGUGAUGAUUCUGAUUUCACAAAAUCAGAGGAGCCACGUGUUGUAGAAAAGGUUGAGAAAUAA